CUUUUUUGCUUUGCUUCUUCUCAUUCUCUCUCUCUAUCUCUAUAUGUAUCUCUGUCUAUCUUCUUCUUCGUUUCAAGCCCUAAAUUGUGUAUCUUCUUUGUUGCAAUCUUCUCUACGAAGAGAAUGGUGAAGAGGGUCAAGAAUUGAGAGACUCCAAAGUGAAGUCUAAUCGGCACACAAACUUGAAGCCUUUCCGAGCGGUCUUGCAAUCUCCGUCGUGUUAAUUAAAGGAAGGGUUUUGCGUUUUCUUUCCUGAUUCGGUCGCUUCUAUGGACAUGGAGAGAUACUGAACCUACCAGUUUAAAUUGUGGGAACAACAUGGUUGUCAAAACUUAUCCAUUAGGAAUGGUUGGGACUAACAAUGGCAUUGCUGAAAACGAAGGAGAUUCUGGUCUUGAACCUUAUGUUGGAUUAGAGUUUGAUACUGCUGAGGAAGCAAGGGACUACUACAACUCUUAUGCUACGCGGACGGGUUUUAAGGUUAGGACGGGUCAGUUGUAUAGAUCUAGGACCGAUGGUACAGUUUCAUCGAGGAGGUUUGUUUGCUCAAAGGAAGGUUUUCAGCUUAAUUCAAGAACCGGUUGUCCUGCGUUUAUCCGAGUUCAGAGACGAGAUACUGGCAAAUGGGUUCUUGACCAGAUUCAGAAAGAGCACAACCAUGACCUUGGAGGUCAUAUAGAGGAGGCUCAGACUACUCCCCGUCCUUCUGUACAACAGAGAGCACCGGCUCCCACUAAGCUAGGCAUAUCGGUUCCACAUAGACCCAAGAUGAAAGUUGUUGACGAGGCUGAUAAAGGAAGGUCAUGCCCUUCUGGUGUGAUCUCUUUUAAGCGCUUCAAAGGAGCUGAAGAUAGUGAUGGGCAAACUCAGCCCAAGGCCACUGAACCGUAUGCAGGGUUGGAGUUCAACUCAGCUAAUGAAGCGUGCCAGUUUUAUCAAGCGUAUGCUGAAGUUGUAGGUUUUAGAGUUCGAAUAGGGCAGUUGUUUCGAUCAAAAGUUGACGGUUCGAUCACAUCCAGAAGAUUUGUUUGUUCGAAAGAGGGGUUUCAACAUCCUUCGAGAAUGGGUUGUGGAGCUUACAUGAGGAUCAAAAGGCAAGACUCUGGAGGUUGGAUAGUCGACCGUCUCAAUAAGGAUCAUAAUCAUGACCUUGAACCGGGAAAGAAGAAUGCCGGUAUGAAAAAGAUAACAGAUGAUGUGACAGGAGGGUUGGAUUCUGUGGAUCUUAUUGAACUAAACGACUUAAGCAAUCACAUCAGUAGUACCCGAGAAAACACCAUAGGUAAGGAAUGGUAUCCAGUGCUUCUUGACUAUUUUCAGUCAAAACAGGCAGAAGACAUGGGAUUCUUUUACGCCAUCGAGCUUGAUAGUAACGGAAGCUGCAUGAGCAUUUUCUGGGCAGAUAGUCGGUCAAGAUUCGCCUGCAGUCAAUUUGGUGAUGCUGUUGUUUUUGAUACUUCAUAUAGAAAAGGAGACUACUCUGUUCCGUUUGCAACAUUUAUCGGUUUUAAUCAUCAUAGGCAACCCGUGCUUCUCGGGGGUGCCUUAGUUGCUGAUGAAUCUAAAGAGGCUUUCUCAUGGUUGUUUCAGACAUGGCUUCGUGCAAUGUCAGGCCGUCGUCCGAGAUCUAUGGUAGCUGAUCAAGACUUGCCUAUCCAACAAGCUGUGGCUCAAGUCUUUCCCGGGACUCAUCACCGGUUCUCAGCGUGGCAAAUAAGGUCCAAAGAACGAGAAAAUCUCAGGUCGUUCCCGAAUGAAUUCAAGUACGAGUACGAGAAAUGUUUAUACCAGUCUCAGACAACGGUCGAGUUUGAUACCAUGUGGAGUUCUCUUGUAAACAAAUACGGCCUUAGGGAUAACAUGUGGCUUAGAGAAAUAUAUGAAAAGCGCGAGAAAUGGGUACCGGCAUAUCUAAGAGCCAGUUUCUUUGGUGGAAUCCAUGUAGACGGCACCUUUGAUCCGUUUUACGGCACUUCCCUUAAUUCUCUAACGUCUCUUAGGGAGUUCAUCUCACGGUAUGAGCAAGGACUCGAGCAGCGCCGUGAAGAGGAAAGAAAAGAAGAUUUCAAUUCUUAUAACUUGCAGCCGUUUCUGCAGACAAAAGAGCCCGUUGAAGAACAAUGCAGAAGGUUGUACACGCUCACCAUCUUCAGAAUUUUCCAGAGCGAGCUUGCUCAGUCUUAUAAUUACCUCGGUUUAAAGACCUACGAGGAGGGAGCCAUCAGCAGAUUUCUAGUGAGGAAAUGUGGGAACGAGAACGAGAAGCACGCCGUGACUUUCAGUGCAUCGAAUCUCAAUGCAAGCUGCAGUUGUCAAAUGUUUGAGUACGAAGGACUUCUCUGCAGACAUAUCUUGAAAGUGUUUAACCUCUUAGACAUUCGAGAACUCCCAUCUCGGUAUAUACUUCAUCGCUGGACCAAAAACGCAGAGUUUGGGUUUGUACGAGAUGUAGAAUCAGGGGUGACUUCUCAGGACCUUAAGGCCUUGAUGAUCUGGAGCCUAAGGGAAGCAGCUUCAAAGUAUAUAGAGUUUGGGACAUCGUCUCUGGAGAAGUAUAAGCUUGCAUAUGAGAUCAUGCGAGAGGGUGGGAAGAAACUGUGUUGGCAGAGAUGAGAAAACCAAGUAAGGUCAGUUGUCCUGAUUCUCUUUGUUUCUCGAGUUUAUAAUCUAAGAUGUCUAAAUCUUCAAAAUCUGUUUGGUAGCGAGGUUGUUUUCUGUUCUUGUCCUUCAUAGAUUCUCAUUUGGGCUGUGUUGGUUGCCUCAUCGGCGGCAGACUCUCCCUCUGUUCUGCCUCCUUAUGAAUAACAUUGUUUCAUUUAUGUCUGAGCUCUUGGAUCAUUUUGCCAUUAGAUUCAGUUUAUGGUUUAGCUUUUAAUGACGCUGGUGCUUCAUGUCGUAAAAAUGAUUGAUCCAGUUUCUUGUAACAGAGAUGGUAUUAUGAAUUGAAGUGAAACAACGUCAUUUGGUAUAGACUAGAGACUAUCUCCUUUGUAAGACUAUCUCCUUUGUCUGGGAAAGUAGAAUAUUUUCUAGCAAAGAAAUCUGACAUAUUCUUAUCUAUAUCAGAAAUUCAAGAAUGAGUUUGCUGUGAAACCAGAAAAGCAUCAAUUGAUUUCUUUAUUUUCUUCAAGAGUUCACUUUCUUCUGUUACAGAUUGAGAAAUCAGAAGAAGAUGAAGCCUUACCUCAUCAGUGAAGAUGGAAUCUGUGGCCGCCGAUGUAAAUCCUAACCCUUUUGUUAACUUAAAGUCAUCAGAAAAGGCGGUGGUGGAGGUCGUCGAUGUGGUGAGGCCGGUUGUAUCCAUUGAUAAAUCGGUGGGUUUAGUGACCGACAUGUAUGUUCUCUGUUAUUUUCAUGUUUGUUUCCUAAAUAUCUUAAGAAAGUGAAGAACCUACCAAGUUAGAAUUUUUGGAAGAUUCAGGACAUUUUGGAAGUUCAUAUGAAUCUAGUAGAAACUUAGGAUGUCAUGUAAAAUCGUUAUCAAGUUCUCCUUCUUCUCUACACUCGUAUUUAACUUUUUCUUUACAGACAAAUACUUGCAGUUCCUCAG